AUGACCCUUCGUAUUGGCUACGUGCGUGAACACUUCGCCAGCCCGCUGCUCCAAUUCGCGGAAGCGGACGGCGAGAAGACAUUUACCCUAGUCGAGUGUCCCAGUGGAACGGGCCAACUGAUCUCCCGGCUGACCAACAAUGAAAUUGACGUCGCCAUAGCCCUCACGGACCCGCUCAUUUCGGGUAUUGCGAAUGGAUCGAAAGCCUAUAAACUCGUGGGCAGCUUUGUCUCCACCCCUUUAAAUUGGGCAGUCAUCACUGGGAAGGAAUCGAAAUAUAACUCGAUAUCUGACCUUCAAGACAGCACCUUGGGUAUAUCAAGAUACGGAAGCGGAAGCUUCACGAUGGCUUACGUUAUGGCACUGCAGCAAGGGUGGCCGUUGGAUAACCUACAAUUUCAAGUGAACAACGACAUUCGCGGCCUUCUCGAUUCAGUGAAUGAUGGUUCGACCAGCGCAUUCAUGUGGGAAUGGUUCACGACCAAACCAUUCGUCGAUGCAGGGGAGGCCCGCUUCAUUGGCUCUGUUCCGACUCCCUGGCCUUCGUGGUUGAUCGCAGCCCAUCCGGAACGGGCACGACCUGAAGCCGUUCGUGCGUUCUUGGAUGGAUUGACCAGUUAUGUGAACAACUUCGAUUUGGAGGAGAGCCGCGUUGCAAAGAACGUUGCUUUCAUCGAGGACAAGUUUGGAUAUCCAGAGGAAGACAUCCAGGCCUGGCUGAAGACAGUCAGGUACCCACCCAGCUGCUCCGAGAUCCCAACGGAGGUGAUAACCAACACGUUGAGCGUCCUCGAGAAGGCAGGGGUCGUAAAAAAGCCGGAAGGAGGUUUUAGCGUUGAUAUCUUCGUCAACAAUGACAUCGUCAACCUGACCUAG